CGCUGACCUAAAAAACGCUUGUAUGCGAUUGAGAAAAACGGCAUUACACAAACAGUUUUACACUCAGCUGUGUGUCAAAUUGAGGCGCGCCAGUUAGCCACUCAGCUCCGGUUUGGAAGGGAAGCAAGCCGUGCCAAAGCGGGCGGAGUCUGAAAAGCUCUGCCUAUCCUCCGGUCGUUCCUAGUUACCACAGCCAGAAGGUCAUAAACCUCGUUUAUUUCUAAAACUGAUCUUCUUAAAAUGUGAUUUUAAACCUAACCACACUGAUAACCACACCCCAACCUUGAAUUAAGACCAAAAAAACUCAAUUUUAGUUUCGAUGAAUUUUUACGAUAACCUAACGGACAAUACUGACGUUGUGACCGUGGUAACUAGUGGAAACCCUAUCCUCCCUCCCCCGGCGGAGGUGUACGAUCGUGGAGUCGAGCAAGAGAGCGUGAUUAUCUGGCCAGAGAACCACGGUGUUGCUCCGGACUGAGAACUUCACUGCGACUCGGCAGAGCCCAAGUUUGCAACGAGACGGCCGCGGCCACUGCGAGAACAGUUGGCUUGAGAAAUCACCGCCUGUCUGGAUAGCCCGCAUAGAGGCCGACAUCCCGUUACUUGCCGAAUACAGGACUGGGAACGACUGCAGAAUAGGACCCGUCAUAACAGGAAUAUUUAUCGGCGUCUGCUCGGCUAUUUCUCCCAGAAAUGGACGGUUUCGCCGGCAGUUUGGAUGACAGUAUCUCGGCAGCGAGUGCGUCUGACGUGCAGGAUCGUCUCUCGUCGUUGGAGCUGCGCGUCCAACAGCAGGAGGAUGAGAUCGCCGUGAUGAAGGCGGCGCUGGCCGACGUGCUGCGACGCCUGGCGCUCUCCGAGGACACGGCCGCCACCGGCAAAAAACAGACCAGCACCAAAGGCCAUAAUCCCCUGCGCGAGGCCUACUCGAUGUCCUGCAUCCCCAACGGCAGCUCCGGCAGCCGUAAGCCCAGCCAUAGAGACCGAGAUAGCUCCACAGUGUCCGUCACCAGGAAGGAUACCUUCUCCUCAGCAGCCAAGAGCGGUCAGACAGCAGAGAGGAAAAAGGACACCCCUCCGAUGGAGGGCAUCAAGGAGAAGCAGGAGGGGUCCUCCCAGCCCAACCAGGCUAACGAUAAAGCCCCCCCUGCCAGCCCCAUGCAGCCCUCGCCGUCCCCCUCCAGCUCCAGCCACCCCCCCUCCCCUCACCCCCCCCAGUCCCAAAGGCAGGCCCUGGAGAGCAAAGGCACCUCCCCAGCCAAAAGGGGUCACAGUGCGAAGCGGGGCACGGGGAUAGAGCGUUCUCAGAGCAGCACGUGGGAGAGUGGCGAGGAGAGCAGGAACAAGCUGGUGAAGGCUGCUUCCACCUCCAAACUGCUGGCCAAGGUGGUGAAGAACGCGGACAAGCAUAAAGACCCAGUGAUCAGCCAAGCCAAAAUGUCAACCCGCGAGAAAAACAGCCAAGCUGAGGGAGACUACAUCAAGAUGUUCAUGCGAGGUCGACCCAUCACCAUGUUCAUCCCCGCGGACGUGGAGAACUACGAGGACGUGCGCACAGAGCUGCCUCCGGAGAGACUCAAACUGGAGUGGGUGUAUGGCUACAGGGGGAAAGACUGCCGAGCCAACGUGUACCUGCUCCCUACAGGGGAGAGUGUUUACUUUAUUGCCUCUGUGGUCGUGCUCUUCAACUACGAGGAGAGGACACAGCGCCACUACCUCGGCCACACAGACAGUGUCAAAUGCCUUGCUGUUCACCCUGAUAAGAUCCGCAUUGCCACGGGACAGAUUGCAGGAGUGGAUAAGGAUGGGCGGCCACUGCAGCCCCAUGUGAGAGUGUGGGAUUCGGUCAGCCUGUCCACCCUGCAGGUCAUCGGCCUGGGCACCUUCGAGAGAGGGGUGGGCUCCCUGGCCUUCUCCAAAGCGGACUCGGGCACACACCUGGCGGUGAUUGAUGAUUGUAACGACCACAUGUUGACUGUCUGGGACUGGCAGAAGAAAUCCAAGAUCGCUGAAAUCAAGUCUACAAAUGAGGUGGUGCUUGUGGUGGAGUUCCACCCUACUGAUGCCAACACCAUAGUAACCUGUGGCAAGUCCCACAUCUUCUUCUGGACCUGGGCUGGCACCUCGCUGGCACGCAAGCAGGGCAUCUUCGGGAAAUAUGAAAAACCCAAGUUUGUUCAGUGUCUGGCCUUCCUCAACAACGGGGACAUCCUGACUGGAGACUCUGGAGGCAUCAUGUUGAUAUGGUGCAGGAGCACAGUGGAGCCGAGCCCAGGGAAGGGACCCAAAGGUGCGUACCAGAUCAGCCGUCAGAUCAAGGCCCAUGACGGCAGUGUGUUCACUCUGUGUCAGAUGAGGAACGGGACCCUGCUGACCGGAGGGGGCAAGGACCACAAGAUCAUUCUUUGGGACCACGACCUCAACCCAGAGAGGGACAUAGAGGUCCCCGAUCAAUAUGGAACCAUUCGCGCUGUGGCCGAAGGCAAGGGGGAGCAGUUUUUGGUGGGCACUUCGCGUAACUUCAUCCUGAGGGGAACAUUUAAUGACGGUUUCCAGGUGGAAGUGCAGGGACACACAGACGAGCUAUGGGGACUGGCGUCGCACCCCUUCAAGGAUCUGUUCCUAACCUGUGCCCAGGACAGGCAGGUGUGCCUGUGGAACUCUGUGGACCACUCCCUGGAAUGGACCAGGCUCCUGGAUGAGCAUGGCCACUGUGCGGACUUUCACCCCAGUGGUGCUGUUGUGGCCAUCGGUACUCACUCAGGAAAGUGGUACGCUCUGGAUGCAGAGACCAGAGACCUGGUGGCCAUUCACACAGACGGCAACGAGCAGCUGUCAGUCAUGCGCUUCUCCGUAGAUGGCACCCUGCUGGCAGUGGGAUCACAUGACAACUUCAUUUACCUCCACACCGUGUCGGAGAAAGGCCGCAAGUACACCAGAUGUGGGAAGUGCAUUGGACAUUCCAGCUACAUCACACAUCUUGACUGGUCCCCCGACAACAAGUUCAUCAUGUCCAACUCCGGAGACUACGAGAUCCUCUACUGGGACAUUCCAAACGGCUGCAAGUACAUCCGUAACCGUUCCGAGUGUAAGGACAUCGACUGGACCACCUAUACCUGCGUGCUGGGCUACCAUGUCUUCGGAGUGUGGCCUGAGGGUUCCGAUGGUACAGACAUCAACGCUCUGAUCAGGUCCCACAACAGGAAGGUGAUCGCUCUGGCUGAUGACUUCUGCAAAGUGCACCUCUUCCAGUACCCCUGCGCCAGACCCAAGGCACCUAGCCACAAAUACAGCGCCCACAGCAGUCACGUGACCAAUGUGACCUUCAUGCACAACGACAGUCACCUGGUGUCCACGGGCGGGAAGGAUACCAGUGUCAUGCAGUGGCGUCUGGUGGAGAAGACCCCCUCAUUGGUCCCCAGUGACUCCUCCCUCUCUCUAGGGGAGGGGCUCCUACAUAACUCCAUCCUCCGUGCUGCCAUCCCAGCGGUGCCUCUGACGCCCACCCCCACCGAGCCGGCUGCGCCGCCAACCACAACCCCUGCCCCGCCCACCGUCCUCGACUUGACCUCUGACCCCACAGCGGCGCACUGCGGGGGAGUGGCUCUUGUCACACCUCCCCCCACGCCAACCUCCCCCACGACCAACGGACGGCAGGAGAGCUCCCCGGAAACCCCUCCCCCCGCCGAGCUAACCCCGCCCCCCUCUGACAGCACGCUGAGCCUCAAGGACAGCCUGGAACCCAGCGACGACACGGCCACGCCUAGCGACGAGGGCCGCCCUUUCACCCCACCCUCGUGAAGAGCCUCAGUUGUGAUGCAGCCCAGCGCUCCUCUCUCCUGCUCAGCACCUCCCCCUGGAGGUGCCUCGAUGUCGCUGCGUCUCUCGGGCGGAUUCCAUCUCUGUUCAGGUCUCUUUUUGUUUUCAGUUUUAGUUUUGUCUUCGUGCUCUUCUUUUUGUUUCUUUUUGAUGUCUGCGUUAUUUGAUGAAGAGUGGCGGAUGUACGUGAGACAAGGCAGUGAUGUUAGUGGCUUAUGUUGUUUUAAAGAUGAUCACCUGACGUUGUGAGAGCGUGAGGAGAGAAUGUUGUGGUUGUUCGGGUUCAUACGGUUAAGUAUGUGUCUGCUAGUGCUCACUCCUCAGUCCAGCCCUUAUUCAAUAUUGAUCACGUGUCUAAGCUAUGUUGCCAUAGAAACGUAUAUACUCAUCUAAUCCUUACUCGAUAAUGCAACAACCUGCAAUAACACACCAUAGCAUAAUUUGCGACCACACACAACCAGUAACACACCAUCACAUACAGCUGAUGAAAACAUACUCCAUCACUCCGGGCUUUCAAACAGGUGUGUGUGUGUGUGUGGGGGGGGGGGGGGUUAAGGUUAGAAUUAGUGUCAGGGUUAGAAUCAGGUUUAGGGUUAGCAGCUAGGGUUAGGUUUAGGGUUAAGGUAAGGGUACAGGUACAGGUUAAGGAAAAUUGGAUUUUGAAUGGGACUUAAUUGUAUGUCCCCGCAAGGUUAUCUGCGCAAGACUUGCGUGUGUGCGUGUGUGUGUGUGUGUGUGGGGGGGGGGGCUGACAUGCAUGCAGACUGCCUUUCCAUGGCAAUAAGCUGUUCUCUCUACCAGAGUCCCUGCAGGGAACUCAUCCAUCCAGCCUCGUUGUAACGGCCAGAAAGGUUAAUAAUGAGCCAUAGGAUAUCCUGUGGCCAUGGACACAAUGACUGCACUGAACCACCAGCGACCAGUACCCAGCAGACUCUGACCUGCUCGCCCUACAAUAACAUGCUACCAUUUUCUCUGUCUAUUUCUAUUUCCCUUUUGGAUGUAUACCUUUUAAAAUCUUAUUCUGGGGACUGUUCCUUCUCUGCUGGAAUGGACUGAGAUGUUUUUAAGAAGAAAAAAAAAGAAUAUAAACAAAAAUAAAAAAAAUAGUCUUAAGUGUCUGCGAGCCGCCGUUUUAUACAUUGUGUCCUUCUGGCUCAUCCCACCUUUCUGCAGAAAUCAGGACUGGAUCACUCUCACAGGAAUACACAGCCAGCAGAGGGAGGCAGAGAGCUCCCUCUGUCUUCUACACAGCCCCCCCUUUCUGCAGAAAUCAGGACUAGAUCACUCUCACAGGAAUACACAGCCAGCAGAGGGAGGCAGAGAGACCUCUCUGUCUUCUACACAGCUCCCUCUGUCUUCUACACAGCCCCUGUCUUCUACACAGCCCCCUCUGUCUUCUACACAGCUCCCGUCUGUCUUCUACACAGCCCCCUCUGUCUUCUACACAGCCCCCCCUUUCUGCAGAAAUCAGGACUAGAGCACUCUCACAGGAAUACACAGCCAGCAGAGGGAGGCAGAGAGACCUCUCUGUCUUCUACACAGCCCCCUCUGUCUUCUACACAGCCCCCUCUGUCUUCUACACAGCUCCCUCUGUCUUCUACACAGCGCCCUCUGUCUUCUACACAGCCCCCUCUGUCUUCUACACAGCCCCCUCUGUCUUCUACACAGCCCCCUCUGUCUUCUAAACAGCUCCCUCUGUCUUCUACACAGCCCCCUCUGUCUUCUACACAGCCCCCUCUGUCUCCUGCACAGCCCCCUCUGUCUCCUACACAGCCCCCUCUGUCUUCUACACAGCCCCCUCUGUCUCCCUUCAGUGGGAAUGUGCUGGUACAUUUAGAGAGAGAGCGAGACUCUCUUCUGUUUACCGGCUGGAAGUAGAGGAUAGAGAAUUGAGAAAUUGCCUUUUAAUUGUCCAUCCGUGACUAGGGAGAGAAUGUGGAGGCUUUCUAUAGCAAGGAAGGUUGAAGGACGAUAGAAGGGAUGUGCAUACUCAUGACUAAGGCAUAUGUGGCAAUGCACAGUAAAGACUUUGAUAGUAAGUAUAGUCAUUUUCCAGGUUUGUCAUUAUCAGAAGGACGAGAGAGGACUGUGUAAAAAGGUAUGUGGUGUAGAAAGGUGUAGUUGUAGUGAACACGGGACUGUGGAGGUAAAGUGCCUGUCGGUGAUAGUGUCCUAAGGUCGGUAAUGUGGCAUUGAAAGGGUUGUAGUGGAGAGGUAGAGACAUUAUCAAUCGUAGUGAAAGACUGCACGAGGGCAUGGUUGUGUCGAUGUUAUACUGAUGUUAUUCUAGCGUUGGCCUCAAAAAUGUAGCCUUCCAGCUGGCCCACAAAGAACCUCUUUUUAUAUUAGGAGUGUUUUCAGAUUUAUUUUGUUCUUGCAAAUCAACUGGGUUUUUUCCCUUCUUGGGAAUGCUUUACUAUAGGUAGACUUUCUCUGUAGUUUGUCCUGUAGUUGUAGUGAACAUGGGAUUUCCUUCCCAGAAUGCUGAGUGGACGGAACGUGAACACAGUUUUUGAACCCCAUACAAUGGCAGGCAUCAAUCUAUAAACUAACUAGUACCUUACGAUAUCUGGAGUCUUUCUGGAACGCUAGAUAGCAGUUUUCCCGGGUGUGGGGGGGGGGGGGCGGCAUGUGGUCCUGCUAGAUCUUCCCCUCCCAUACUCAAUCAUUUUGUACUUUCAGCUGUGGCUACUUUAUGUAUAUAAUGGUAUGCCUGUGUGUAUAUAUCUGGUCUCUUCAUCUUGAGAUAUAGAUAGACCCUCUGAACCAUUUUUUCAUUGCUUUCUUUUACCACUAGGGGGCACACUCCUCCAGCUCAUCCACGUACAAUACAGUGUGAAAUAAUGUCUCUCUGCAUAAUGUGCUCUUCUUACCAUGACAGGUUGUUAUGGUGGGGGACAGUGGACCGGCUUUCUGUCACUUUGGUUUUUACAGCGUUUUCAUGCCAAUCGGAGGCCUACAGCCGUUAUGUACUGAGUGUUGCUUUGACAAAUGGCCAUGUUGAGAGGGUUUCGGGGGUGGGGGUUUGGUAGGUUUUUCCUGUGUUGGUUAAAGGGAGGCGAAAUGUUUUUUUUUAAGAUAGGGCGGAUUAGUACGGUGUGGAGGAUUUGGACACCAGGGCAUCCCGUGUACUGGGCCCUGACAAGGAUCUAAGGAUUUUUUGAGAGGUAGAGGGACAUUAUUUCUAUUCAACCAUAUUUUUUAGGGGACGUUUUUCUGAAGGGCUUGUAUAGAAUCAUGUUUUUAUUAGUUAGAUGGCUAGUAUCCAAAACACACAAAGGAAAAAGGGAAGGGGAGAAGUGAGUUGAAAACACAAAGCUCCUUGACUGGUCUGAAACCUCAGCCUUGUGAAUGAACGUCUAAGUGUCCUGGGGCGGGGAUGGGGGAGGUCGGGAGAUGGGUACGCUGGGGUUGUCUCACCAACACUCCUUGAACAAAACAGCUGUGACACCGUGGUUGGAAUGGGGGAGGGCAUAAAGGAGUAUGAGGAGGGCGGGGCACAGACAUGUUCAACCUUUUGUGAUAUUCAAAAUAAACAUGGUUAUGACCAUGCACGAUGACGGGGAUACUGAUGAAAUGUUGAAAUGAUUUGAUGGUGAUGAGAUACUGUAUGAAUGACAACAACAACAAAAACAUGUUUCACACGAUCUGUCUCUAGAAAAAUACUGAAGAUUUAAAAAAAAAAAAAAAAAAAAUGCAAAUAAACAUUUUAAAACAGA